AUGGUUGGGGGGUGGGGGGGAAAGAUGGCGGAGCUAAUGCUCCUCAGCGAGAUUGCCGACCCUACGCGUUUCUUCACGGACAAUCUGCUGAGCCCAGAGGACUGGGACUGUGCCCUGUAUACUGGCUUGGAUGAAGUGGCUGAGGAGCAGACGCAGCUAUUCCGUUGCCCAGAGCAAGAUGUCCCGUUUGACAGGAGCUCCUUGGAUGUGGGAAUGGACGUCAGUCCUUUCGAACCCACAUGGGACUCCCUGCCUAUCUUCCCAGAUCUUCAGGUGAAGUCUGAACCAUCCUCCCCCUGCUCUUCCUCCUCCCUCAGUUCUGAUUCAUCACGUCUGUCCUCAGAGCCCUUCAGCCAGGCACCUGGUAUAGGGGAGGUGCAGAAUGUCAAGACAGAGUCCUUAGUACCCCCAUUCUGCCUCCUGGGAGAUGGUCCAACAUCCCCAUUUGGAACUGUCCAGAUCAGCGUGGGCCCCACUUCUGAUGAUCCCUCAGAUGUACAGACCAAAAUAGAACCUGUUUCUCCUUCUUCCUCCAUCAACUCUGAGGCUUCCCUGCUUUCAGCAGAGUCCCCCAGCCAGGCCCUCAUAGGAGAGGAGGUACUAGAAGUGAAGACAGAGUCCCCAACCCCUCCAGGGUGCCUCCUGCCAGAUGCCCCUACCCCCUCAUUUGGAGCUAUCCAGAUCAGCAUGGGUCCGUCCCCUGAUGGUUCCUCAGGGAAAGCCCUGCCCACACGGAAGCCAGCACUGCAGCCCAAACCCGUGAUGCUGACCACUGUCCCACUGCCUCCCAGAGCUGUGCCUCCUAGCACCACCGUCCUUCUUCAACACCUCGUCCAGCCGCCCCCAGUGUCCCCAGUUGUCCUUAUUCAGAGUGCGAUUCGAGUCCAGCCGGAGGGGUCGACACCCCCUCUUCCAAGGCCUGAGAGGAAGAGCAUCGUUCCAGCUCCAAUGCCUGGGAACUCCUGCCCACCUGAAGUGGAUGCAAAGUUGCUGAAGCGGCAGCAGCGGAUGAUUAAGAACCGGGAGUCUGCCUGCCAGUCUCGCCGGAAAAAGAAAGAGUAUUUGCAGGGGCUGGAGGCGAGGUUGCAGGCAGUGCUAACGGACAACCAGCAGCUACGCCGGGAGAAUGCUGCCCUCCGUCGGCAGCUCGAAGCCUUGCUGACUAAGAACAGCGAGCUUAAGUUAGGGUCUGGAAACAGGAAAGUGGUCUGCAUCAUGGUGUUCCUUCUCUUCAUUGCCUUUAACUUCGGGCCUGUCAGCAUCAGUGAACCUCCAUCGGCUCCAGUUUCUCCUCGAGGAAGCAGGGAGGAAUCUCAACCCCGGAGGCACCUACUGGAGUUCUCCGAGCAAGAGCCGGUUCAUGGGGUCACACCCCUCCAGGGCUCCUCCCAGGGGCCUGAGGAGUCUCAGGCCAGCCCUGUAGGCCGACCCAGUUUCAGGAACCUAACAGCCUUCCCUGGGAGCUCCAAGGACCUGCUACUGAGAGACUUGAACCAGCUCUUCCUCUCCUCUGAUUGCCGCCACUUUAACCGAACUGAAUCCCUGAGGCUUGCAGAUGAGUUGAGUGGCUGGGUCCAGCGCCACCAGAGAGGUCGGCGGAAGUUCCCUCAGAGGGCUCAGGAGAGACAGAAGUCUCAGCUAUGGAAGAAUUCGCCUCCAGUUAAGGCGGUCCCCACCAGAGCCCCAAGGCCUCCAGAAUGGGGUUCUGUGGGCCAACUGCAGCUUUAUCGCCACCCAGACCGUUCCCAACCGGAGUUCCUGGAUGCAAUUGACCGACGGGAAGACACGUUUUAUGUUGUCUCCUUCCGAAGGGACCAUUUGCUGCUCCCAGCCAUCAGCCACAAUAAGACCUCCCGACCUAAGAUGUCCCUGGUGAUGCCUGCCAUGGCCCCCAAUGAGACCCUGUCAGGCCGGGGGCCCUCAGGGGACUAUGAGGAGAUGAUGCAGAUCGAGUGCGAGGUCAUGGACACCAGGGUGAUUCACAUCAAGACGUCCACAGUGCCCCCCUCACUCCGAAAGCAGCCGGUCCCAACCCCUGGCAAUGCCACGAGGGGCCCCUUGCCAGCUCCUGCAGCCAGCCAGGCCCACCAGGCCUCCCACCAACCCCUCUACCUCAAUCACCCCUGA